UGGCCGCCUCCUACGAGGAACCUCGCUCUUUCCCUCGUCUUCAGUCCGGUGCCAGUCAGUUGCUGUAGUGCGUGUGAUGUGCGUUGGAGACGUACCUGUGACGUGAGGGCGUAUCGACGCGACGGUUGAAUAAAAUGGUGACAUAGAAUGUACAUUCAAGUAGUUGUUGGAGGUUAACGAACUAUUCGAUUCCAUACAGUCUUCUUGCUGUACAGUAAAGUGACUUGAACGGUGGGUAGUGAUAGUGUUUGUUCUCGAUUUCCAACUGCGACAUUCAUCUGUAAAAUGUAGCCCGGGUGUACAAAAUAAUACUGCUUAUCACUCGAAGUGCCUAGUGUUCUAUCUCAAAGUGUGCUCUAUAGUGCCGAUGUGUUUGGUGGUAGUUUUUUCCAACUCAAGUUAAACGUUUUACAACCAACUAUGUGGAUAUCUUUAUGGAUACUGGGCGUGAUACUGAAAUAUGGAGGGGCCCAGUUCUCGGACAAUACGCCUCCGGUGGUGGUUGUAGAUAGACACUGGACAGUAUCGGAUACGGAGCCCGAGGGCGCAGUCAUCGUUAGGGUGCACGCCGAGGACAACGAGGGAGACACUCUAGAGUACGGCUUAGAGAAACCAGACGGUCCCUCCAAUUUCAACAUCUACAUGAACAACAGCCAGCGUGACCUACCAUUUCGCAUCGACAACCAAACAGGAGUCGUGUAUACCAACGAGUCUCUGACCAAUAGGGGUGGAGAGAGCCUGUUUCUGUACGUAACGGUGUACGAUGGCCAGUUGACGCACAAGAGUGAAGUAUGGGUGGACAUCAUGAACACCACGGGAUUGCAAGAUUCUCGCAGGCCCGCACCACCCAAGAUUCCCUCAAACAUGGGACCUCAAUUUCGAGCUCCACCUCCGCCACCACCGCAGGGUAGCUUCCCAUCACCAUUCAGGCCAAUUUUGUCCCGCUUCCCACCCAGGCCACCCUACAACAUACCCAAGCUACAAAACCAACCGUCUUUCCCGAAAAAUAAAACUGUACUGACAAUUACAACAUCGACCUCGAUCACCUCUACAAUAAUCACGUCCACGGAGUCCUCAACAGUCAUAAGUAAAACCACUGAGGAGAAUUCAACGAACAAUUCUGUAGAAAACCUGCAGAAGAAUAACGUACUUAUGACGACAACACCCUCGGACGACAACCCGGCGAUAAUCAAGAAUCUGGCACUCACCAUUAUCCCACUGGUGGUGAUCUGCGCAGCAUUCUUCGUCUCUGCUAUCAGUGCAUGCGUCUUCAGGAAGAGGAUAUGCAAGUCCAGGAAGAAAUCGAAGAAAGGAGAUAAGGACAAAGAGAUUUCUGCCAAUGGAGGUGUGACAGAAGAGCCGAUGGCCAUGCACCAGUGGCUUGGCCCCCGAGCCUACAGCAACCGCUACGAGGCAUGGGACAAUGAAACCCCUCAGGGUGGAUUAGGGGGAGUUUUGAUUUCCCCGACCACGAAGCUGAACCAGUGGGAGUUUCCCAGACAUCAUCUCAAGGUGUUUAAUAUCUUGGGAGAGGGAUGCUUCGGUCAGGUCUGGAAGUGUGAAGCCAUUUCUAUUGGAGGACGAGAAGGUCCAUCGCUUGUAGCAGUCAAGACACUCAAGGAGAAUGCAGGUGAGAGAGAGAGGUCCGACUUGCUUCAAGAACUUCAGGUGAUGAAGAUGUUGGAUCCUCACCCCAACGUCGUCCGACUACUUGGAUGCUGCACUGAUAAAGAUCCUUUGUUUGUGAUAAUGGAGUAUGUGCCUCACGGCAAGCUGCAGAGUUACCUGCGAAACUCCAGAGCACAACGCUACUAUGACAACAUGCACGCAAAGUCCGCCACACUUACGUCACGUGACCUCACGUCUUUCUGCUACCAAGUGGCACGGGGCAUGGAGUUCCUUUCUGGGAAAGGGAUUAUCCACAGAGAUUUGGCAGCCAGAAAUGUCCUAGUGGGGGAGAACCAGAUCUGCAAGGUGGCAGACUUCGGGUUCGCUCGAGACAUCAUCACUAGUCACGUGUACGAGAGGAAGUCUGAGGGGCGACUACCCAUCCGGUGGAUGGCCCCAGAGUCGCUGUACGAUAAUCUGUUCUCCGUCAAGUCCGACAUCUGGAGCUUCGGAGUCCUCAUCUGGGAGAUCGUGACUCUAGGCUCCACCCCAUACCCGGGACUAGGGGCGGCGGAGGUGAUGAAGAAGGUGCGGGACGGUUUCCGACUGGACAAACCUGAACAUUGUCGCCGGGAAUUGUACAAUAUCAUGUACUACUGCUGGGACAAGGACCCUGCGGAGAGGCCUAACUUUACUGAACUGGUGACAUUGCUGGAGCAGCUUCUGCUGACAGAGACGGACUACAUCCAGCUGGACAGGUUCCCCGACCACUCAUACUACAAUAUCAAUGGUAUUUAUUGUUUAUCAGAACUGGUGACAUUGCUGGAGCAGCUUCUGCUGACAGAGACGGACUACAUCCAGCUGGACAGGUUCCCCGACCACUCAUACUACAAUAUCAAUGGUAUUUAUUGUUUAUCAGAACUGGUGACAUUGCUGGAGCAGCUUCUGCUGACAGAGACGGACUACAUCCAGCUGGACAGGUUCCCCGACCACUCAUACUACAAUAUCAAUGGUAUUUAUUGUUUAUCAGAACUGGUGACAUUGCUGGAGCAGCUUCUGCUGACAGAGACGGACUACAUCCAGCUGGACAGGUUCCCCGACCACUCAUACUACAAUAUCAAUGGUAUUUAUUGUUUAUCAGAACUGGUGACAUUGCUGGAGCAGCUUCUGCUGACAGAGACGGACUACAUCCAGCUGGACAGGUUCCCCGACCACUCAUACUACAAUAUCAAUGGUAUUUAUUGUUUAUCAGAACUGGUGACAUUGCUGGAGCAGCUUCUGCUGACAGAGACGGACUACAUCCAGCUGGACAGGUUCCCCGACCACUCAUACUACAAUAUCGUGUCUCUCAGCGGGGAGAAGCUGUGACACUGUCCUAUGUCCUGUCACAACUGCGACGUUCUUGUACCUGCUUACAGUCUCGUUAUACAGGCUGUUUUAAAUCAUCAACUCAGACUCCAGAAUUGUUAACAUAAAGUGAUGGUGUUUGUGAUACGACCUAAAUCUCUUCCUUCGGCAUUUUCUAUUUAUUUCUGCUCUUUCUUAACAUUCAAAACUGUGCAGUAAUCGCCAUUGCUGCCUAGCUUACUGAAAUUAUAUCUUCACUGCUUAUAACAUAGCGAACAUUAAAAAAUUAUUAGAAUGAUUAACGCAACAGAAAUUAAAUAUUAAAGAACACAAACAAACUUUAAGGAAGAGAAACAGAUUUCGAAGUUUAUUUAUUACGACUGGUAAAAACUACUGUCUAUGAAUAAACACAAAUUUGACCAUACUUCCUUUAGUAUGCAAUAUCAGUGAUCAAGUAAAAAUAGUUGUUCCAAUAAUUGCAUUCCGUGAUAAAACUAAGAAAGUGUCCGUUAAAAAAUAUUUGAUCUUUCAGCCAUCUUUCGUUUGUAGCAUUUUCAAAACAUGUAAUGUAACACUCGUUACUCGUUAAUCGGUGUUUGAGUUGUAAACUUUCAGUAAAAAGGAUAGAUAUACUUGCUCUAAACAGUCAGAAAAAAACUUGAAGUAAGGAAGUUUGUAGUACGUUUUUAUGAAAGUGUAGGUCCUCAUUCAGACACUGUGUAGGUACUGUGUUGUGUAUGUAUCCUUUGUAAACUUUCAUGUAGUACUAUUUGAAUAUUUAUUUUAUAUCGGUAAUUUUCUAUAACCUUUUGGAAACACUCCCAAGUCUUUUUCUGAUCUGUGCCGACUUUUUGUAAAAAUAAAAUUUAAAAAAACAAUGGUUUAAAGGAGUUUUCAGUGUUCACCCUAUUGAACUACUAUAGACAUAUCCAUUGUAAUUUAUAUUUUACGUAUUAUAAAAUUGGCUUCUGCAACAUAUUUGUUUUGCUAGACAAAUAUUGGUAUAUAUGUAAUACUUAUAAUGUGUAAGCUUAGAACUUAAAAAUGUAAAGUAAUCGUAAAACCAGUCCUUAGAUUUAAGGUAAACCUUACAAAAUUUGAGUUAAGUACUAUUUGGUAUUUUGUUACUUUUUUUCUAAACCUAUAAUAUUGUUUCUCACAAUAAUUUUAUACAUUUUAAAGAUUAAAUGUAAAGAAAUUGGCUGAAUUUUUCAAUAUUCUUUGUAACAUCGUAAACGGACGCUCUUCUUGAAAGAGAUAAAAACAUGGCUAAAUUGAAAGAAUGUGGUGGCCUAUUUUAUACCGAUAAUUAUCAUUGAAUUAUUCCAUUAUUAAAAUAGAAUACAAAAGUUACUGUUAUUAAAGAUUAUACAUCAAUUGUUAUCUUUUUAAUUUGCAGCUUUGGAAAUAUAACCUUUAUAGAUCCAAAUAAUACUUUUCUAGUUACAUUUUAUUCAUCACUGUUACCAAAGACUUACACCUGACUUCGCAUUUCUAUCUGUACAGUUCUACGGUUACAUUUCUAUCUGUAACAGCUCUAUGGUUACAUUUGUUCAAAAAAUCGGAAUUACGUGUAUUCUCUUAUGUAUUGAUGAGCUUUGUUAGGUUAAUUAGGUUAUUUUAAUCAUAAAGUGUAUGCUCCUACAGGGCCGGUGGAACCAGAUGCAUAGAAGGUUAAUCGCAUUGUUGAAAAUAUGUAUAACUAUUGUAUUGUAUAUAAAUUGUAGAUACUAUUUUGUUUUAAAAUAUAUAGAAAUCUGUAACUGCCUUUUAAAGUGUAAAUAAAAGGAAUUUUG